UGAAACUACAAAUACGAAACGCGCUUCGUUGUCGUUCUCUGUUUUGACUCAUGUCUGUGUGGCUGCGUAUGUCGCCUCCUUUCCUGCACUAGUUUACCUCAUUAACCACCACUGCUCACCUUCGUCGCCGGCAGCAGAAUGGCAGCGGCGGCCCCCAACCCGGAGGACUCCGCCAGGAGCAGCGGCAGCAGUAGCAGCGGCACCAGCACACCCAGCGUCCUUGCCGGGGAAGGGGACGCGGAAGAGGCCGAGGACUUUACCUCCUCCUCCCACUGCUCGGAGCUGUCUCGACGGCAGAACGAGCAGAGGAAGCAGGGCUUGUUCUGCGACGUGACGCUGGCCUUCAGCAGCGGGGCGGCUAGCGGGAGCGUACAGAGCUGUGAGUUUUCAGCUCACAGGUCUGUCCUGGCGGCGGCCACCGAUUAUUUCACGCCCCUGCUUGGAGGACAGUUCUCCGAGUCCUUGUCCGGACGGGUAGAAAUGAAGGAAUGGAGCUCAGAACUGGGGCCGGACCCGGAUACGGUGGAGAGUGUCAUCCAGUAUAUGUACACUGGAGAAAUACGCGUUAGCACCUGCAAUGUACAUGAAGUACUGGAGCUAGCUGACAGGUUCCUCCUGCUGCAGCUAAAGGAUUUCUGUGGUGAGUUCCUUAAGAAGAAGCUGAGCCUGACCAACUGUGUGGCGGUGCACAGUCUAGCCCACAUGUACACCUUGGACCAGCUGGCUCUACGGGCUGCAGACAUGAUCCGUCGCAACUUCCAUAAGGUUAUCCAGGAUGACGAGUUUUACACGCUGCCCUUUCACCUGGUUCGUGACUGGCUGUCUGAUGCAGAGAUCACAGUGGAUUCUGAAGAGGUGCUCUUUGAGGCUGUGGUCAAGUGGGUGCAGAAGAACCCAGAGGAGCGAAGCCGCUACUUUGAGGAGCUGUUCCGUCUCCUGAGGCUGCCACAGAUAAAGCCCACCUACCUGACCAGGGUGGUGAAAACUGAGCAGCUGGUGUCCGCAAAUGAGGCCUGCCUCCGGCUGGUGUCGGAGGCCGUAGAGGGCCACGCUAUACGCUUUGAGAACCUCAAGUCAACUGAUAUGGAGUUCUGGUCUUCCCACAUGGCCUCCUUUCAGCCGCGCUUUGGCCAGAACAUGGACGUUAUCAUGGUAGUAGGCGGUGUGUCAGAGGGGGGGGACUACCUGAGUGAGUGUGUGGGCUACUUCAUUUACGAGGACCGUUGGGUCAACCUGCCGCACAUCCACAACCACCUGGACGGCCAUGCUAUCGCUGCCACGGAGUCUCACGUCUACGUAGCCGGUUCCAUGGAACCAGGCUUUGCUAAGACGGUGGAACGUUAUAAUCCUAAUCGCAACACCUGGGAGCAGGUGAGCAACCUGACCACACGCAAGCACUCCUUUGGCCUCACCUGUAUUAAGGAUAUAUUGUACAGCAUUGGUGGCCAUGGAAACUUCAGUCCAGGUUUUAAAGACGUCAGUAUAUAUGAGCCCGAGCAGGACAAGUGGCACAAUCUGGAAUCUGCACCCAAAAUCCUGCGGGAUGUGAAGGCAGUGAGUGUAGAGGACCGCUAUGUGUACGUCACGGCACGCACACCGGUCGAUACAGAUAAUGAUGAUGGACUGAAGACAGUGACAACUCGCUAUGACACAGAGAGCCGCCAGUGGCAAGAUGUUGACUCCCUGCCCCUCAUUGACAACUAUUGCAUCUUCCAGAUGGCUGUGGCCUCUACUAACUUCUACCACACAGCCUCCUGCUGCCCCAAGAGCUACACAGAGCGGGAUGAGGUUGCCAAGCUAAAGAUCAGUGUGCGCAUCUCUGAUGAGAUCCUGGAGAGCCUACCACCAGAGGUUACCAGCAUCGAGGGUGCUGCCAUCUGCCACUUUGAUGAGGAUGUCUUCAUCAUCGGAGGCUGGAAGAACAGUGAUGAUGUGGACAAGCAGUACCGCAAGGAAGCUUACCGCUACUGUGCUGAGAGGAAACGCUGGAUGUUGCUGCCACCCAUGCCUCAGCCUCGCUGCCGAGCCACCGCCUGCCAUGUCCGCAUCCCCUACCGUUUCCUGUAUGGCUGCCAGCGCUACCCCAUGCCCCAGAACCUGGCCCGCCAGCGAGAUCGCAUGCAGCAGAUGCAGCAGCUUCACCGGCGCACGCUCACCUUACGCCGGCAGCUCCAGUCGCAGAUAGAGUGCUGAGCAAGUCGGUGCUUAAUCCAAGAACUACUCUGCUCCGUCCAUGGAUACACUGCAGGCAUUCCAUUGCAGCCAUCUUCAUCAACCCUCUGGAUUUCAUUAAAAUGAACUCUGUGCCAUCAGCUCUCAUGGUGUUCUGUUAAUGGUUGAUAUGUUGAAAGCCAUGAAAUGCGUGGACAAGUGUCUGGUGGUCUGUGAGGAGGGAGAAGGGAAUGUAAACAUGUGAAUAAGAGUGUUAUAUAGCAGCCAACAACAGAAUAUCCUUUUGUCAAGUAUGUUGGUAUAGAUGCGGUUUAUCUGCCGUUUUUUGUUUGUACAUAAAUAGUAUAAAUCUGUAUAUGUAAACAUUUAUAUGGAUAUUUUACAUUCCUUUAAUGUAUGCCUCCACAGGGGAGGCUACAGUAUGUGACAUUACCAACAACUGCAUUCCUACAUUCAAUCUAACUCGCUUAUUGAAGUCUCAUUCCAUUUUAACACUGUGACAAUCUUUUCAUGCAAGUAGAACAUCAGUCAAAAAGUCUUAACUCUCAUGGAUAUCAUACUUGCUAUAUUAGAAUGGCUCUGCUUGUUACUGUGCAGCCUAAACAAGUACAUUUGAAUUAAAUCAGAAAGGCUGUUAAUCUUAAAAUCCUGUAGACUAGUUUCCUUUUAGAUUGCAGUUUCCCUUCAAAAGAGUAUAUUUAAUUCUUUAUUUUUGUCAUCUAACACUUGAAAACUAGUACUUUGUUUCUAGGUUUCUGGCGAGUUAAAAAUUGUGUGAGAGCUCUGCUGUUGAAAAGAUGUGAUAAGAUGUAAUAACAUGAUUCCUCUGAGUUAUCUCAACAUUUGGCCAAAUUCAUUUAGCUCCACUUACUGACGAUGGCCCAAUCAUUCCUUUCUUUUGCACUCUGGCAGUCUAUUGCUUAGUACAUUUCCAUACAUUAAAGAAAAAUACAUUGAAAGUAUAUGUGGGCGUGCAUAUGAUUUGUGUUUGCAGGUCAGAGCUUUUCUACAACUGCACCUUUUGACAUCUAAUUGUUCGUAUAGUCUUACAGAAGCAUAGGGAUAUACAUUGCCACUGCACUUUGACUUUGCUUAUUUAAUUUGUUCAUAUCAAACAAGGUGAUUGUAUUUUGGAAAUGCUGUGUUUCAUCCAGCAUGUUCUCGUUAUUUGCAGAUUUAUUUCCAACAUUACAUGUCUUGUUAAACCUUGUGUUAUUGUACCUAACUUCCAGCUGGGUGUAUAUUACAGAUCUGCUGUGUUGUUCUGUGGUCUCCUCUCUCUCUGUUAAGAGACUUAGAAAUCAAAUGAAAAGGAAUCCGACAUAUAGGCCAAACAAACAGGAUUGUUUCUAAGAAUGUGUUGUGACUGACGUUAGAAAUUCCUGCUGUCCAUGCAGCACCUAUUAAGUUAUAAAGGUUACAGAGUGCAGGAAUUACAGUCCUUUCCACUUUAUGACCAACGUAACUAUCACUGCAAAUAUUAAGUGGAAUAAGCUAUGUAAUUUGCUUUGCAUGUGAUAGCCUGACAUAACCUUAUAUUGGAUGUAAGAAAUGCUAAUGUCAUCACUUGCAAUUAAAGUUGUUUUGUAAAACAAAUGGUU